AUGAAAGAUUUGAUGGAUAGAAACGAAAAACAUGUUUAUGAAAAGUAUAUAGAGAAUAAAAAUAAAAAUGAUAAUCGAAUUGAUGAUAAUAAUAAGGCAAAUUUUCAUACAAAUGUAAAUAAGAAUAUUCACAUGUAUACAAUGAAGAAUUGGUUAAAUAAAAAAGAAAAAGAGAAUAGAAAGAAAAGUUUGUUCAAUAUGAAUAAAACAUAUAAAGAAGAUGAUGAGAGAAAUAUAUAUUAUAAUAAUAAUAAGACUGAUGAUAAUACAUAUAAUAAUGUGGUUGAUGAUAAUUAUAUAAAUAAUAAUAAGAAUAAAAUAAUAUUUCAACAUUUUCGUAAUACUGAAAGGAAGACAUAUUAUAAUGGUAUGGUGAAAGGUAGAGAAUUAUUAUAUAAAAAUAUAAAAAUGAAUGAAAAUAAGAAUAAUCAAAUAUCAAAUAUAAAUUUAACUAAUUAUUUAUUAGUACCUGAUGAAAUUAGACAUAAAUAUACAAAAACAUAUUUAUUUCAAAUAUCAAAAAGAUUAUUAGUUAUGAAAAAGCCAUGGAGAUUACCAAAAAAUGUCGAAUUACAAAUAAAUAAUGUAUAUCAUUUAUCGAAUUAUAUAAAAGUAUUAGAAAGAAUAGCUAGUGAAUAUUUAAAUGACCCACCUAUUAAUUAUUAUUAUAGAGGUUUAGAAUUAUAUAAUAAAAAUGUUUUUGCAAAUAUAGAUUAUUUAUUAAAAAAGGUAGAUAUAAAAGAAGAUACUCAAACUGUUCAUUUAAAAAAUCUAAUUAAAAUAAAUGAAUGUUAUUAUGAUUUAAGUACAUUCGGAAAAUCACCUAAUACUAUAUUUUAUCAAUCAUAUAUUAUUUUAGAUAUACAUUCUAAUACUUUAACAUUAGAAGAUGAAUAUGAAAACCUUUUUGAAUCACAAAUAUUAAAUUAUGGAUAUGGAGAAAAAGAAUAUCCUAAUUUAAAAUAUUUAUUAAGUAUCUCUAGUUCUAUUUUAUUUUGGUUAAAUUUUAAUAAAAAAGAUAAUUUCGCAAUUAUUAAUUAUCAUAAAAUCAGUUCUUUUAUUCUUUUGAUUUUUUCAUGUGCUAUGCUAGCCAUUGAUAAUUCGCUAACAUUUGAUCAAAUACAAGAAAUUUUGUUUAAAUCUUCAAAAAUUAAUAAUAAUGAUAAUGAAGAUGAUAAUACUAAUAGUGAUACAUCCUCCAAUUAUUUUUCUAAUAAUAUUCAUAAUAAUUCGGAACAACACAAAAAAAAUAUAUAUGAGGAAAACAACAGUACUCAUAGAAUGCAUAUCCAUGAAAAUAAAAAAAAUAAUAAUAUUAAUAAUAUUAAUAAUUAUUAUAUUCGUGGAGAUGUAAAACAGCAUGAUGAUAUUUUGCUUAAUAAUAAUUUAUUACGUCCCAAAUUAUUAUAUAAUGAGAAAAGGGAAGGCCUUGAUGUUGAACCAAAAUUAUAUCUACCCACUUAUAAUUAUUUUGAAAAUACGAACUCGAAGAAACUCUUAAAUAAAGACGAACAAUGUAGUGAGUCUACAACAGAAUACAAAAAUAAUUAUGUUCCUAAUUAUAAUGAAAAUAUGCGGCAUACUGUAAAUGUAAAUAGAAAAAAUGUACUAUAUGAAAACGAAUUUGACGAUAUGAAAAAUAAAAAAAGUAAAGAUGAUAAAGUUUCAAGUACAUCUUGUGGUAUGGAUUCAUUAAAUAAAGACACUAAUAAAACAAAUAAUAAAUUUAAGGAUCAUCAUUUCUGGAUCCCGUUUGAUUAUUGGAAGGCAUCGCACAAAAGAUAUUUUUAUUAUAUGUAUGAUUUAAUAAAAAAUAAAAAUAAAAGAGUUGAAAAUAAUACUUUCAAAAUAAAAAGUAUUAUAUUUACAGAUUAUGCACCUUGUUCGGUUUCUAUUGAGAUUUAUGAAAUUAUUUAUAAGGAUAAUUCUGAAUUGAAUUCGGACCUCCUUUCUGAAAGUGAAACGGAUGCGUACGAUGAAAGCGAAGAAAAUGAUGAAAGCGAAGAGAAUGAUGAAAGCGAAGAGAAUGAUGAAAGCGAAGAGAAUGAUGAAAGCGAAGAGAAUGAUGAAAGCGAAGAGAAUGAUGAAAGCGAAGAAAAUGAUGAAAGCGAAGAAAAUGAUGAAAUCCAACAAAAUGAUAAAAUCCAACAAAAUGAUAAAAUCCAACAAAAUGAUAAAAUCCAACAAAAUGAUGAAAUCCAACAAAAUGAUAAAAUCCAACAAAAUGUUGAAAUCCAACAAAAUGACGAAUGUGGUGAUAAAUAUAUAAAUACGAAUAAGGGAAAAGGAACCGAUACCAUUUAUGCAAAUAAUCAAAAUUUAAAACAUUAUUCAUUUCACAAAAACGGGAGAGGAAUAGAAUAUGAGGAAAAAGGCCUAUGGGUUUAUUCUGAUAGGGAAAAAAAGUUAGUUCCUGCUCCGAGAAUACCAAAAGAUGAAUUCAAAAGAUGUUCAAAUGAUGAAAACAUUGAUAAUAAUAACAAUAGUGAUUAUAAUAGUGAUGAUGAUGAUGACGAAAAGCAUUUAUGUGAAUGUUCACUAAAUAAACAUCACGGAAGAAAAAAGACGAAUAAGCAAAAGAAUAAAAAAAAACAAAAUAUAAAAAAAUUAAGCGUAGAGCACUUUAGUCAAACGGUUUAUCCGAAUGAAAAUAAUAAAAAUAAUAUAAAUAAUAAAAAUAAUAAAAAUAAUAUAAAUAAUAUAAAUAAUAUAAAUAAUAUACAUAAUAUAAAUAAUAAAAAUAAUAUACAUAAUAUAAAUAAUAUAAAUAUAAUAAAUAAUAAAAUAUAUAGAAAAAAUUUUAGUUGUAAUGCACCAAGUCUUGAGACCAAACAAGCAAACAUUUUAGAUAUAAAUAAUACACCCAGAAUAGAUUUUGAUAUAUCCCAUUUAAAUCAAAGAAAUAAUAAAAAAAAUAAAAAAAAAAAAAAAAUACAAAGUGAUAAAAAUAGUGUAGUAGGUACAAAUUAUCAAAAGGAUAUACCUUUUAAUAAUAAAAGUGUAAUAGGUUUAUCACAUAAUAAAAUUAAUAGUUCAAUUAAUACACUUAAUGUAUUUAAUGAAGAUGAUUCGUUAACAUCUAUAAAUCAACAUUCUGAAAUACAUUCCAGAGUAGAAUCAGAAUUUGAUAAAUUUGAAAAAAGUGUAACUCAUUUAUGGAGUAACUCUAAUUUCCCAUUAAAAAAUCAAAUAAAAAAGGUAAGUUCUGUAUUUUCUCCUAGAACUAUUAAUUCAAAUUCAUCUUGUAAAUCUAUUUCUAUUGUUGAUAAGUUGACAAGUUCCAAAAGAGAUGAUUUUAGUUCUGGUAGGAGUAUACAGACAAGUGAAAGCAAAGAAUCCUUUUCUGAUAACAAAAAAAAUAUUAUAUAUGAUCAUUUUGAUAAGAAGAAAAAAAGUUCAUUUAUUUAUAAUAAAUCACAGAUAUUUCAUAAGGAUGAAAAUAAUAUGAAAAAUGACUUUAGUGAGUAUUUAGAAAAAAUGAAAUCAAAAAGAAAAGAAACACACCAAAUAGAUAAGGAACAAGAUAUAAAACAAAAUGUAGAUGAAUAUUAUCAUUUGAAGAACGAUAAAAAAAAAAAUAAUAAAUACAAAUUAUAUGGAUUAUUAAAAAAUAAUUACAUAAAGGGUAAGGAAAAAGAUACUAAUGAUAAUGAAGAACAAGUUAAGUAUCAUAUAAAUCAUGAUUAUGAUAAUGAUAAUUAUUUAAAUGAAAAUAUGAAAAAGAAAAAAAAAAAAAUUAAAUCAGAAGAAAAAUGUAAAUCAAAUUCUUCCAAGUGUGGGUAUGAAUAUUUUCUAAAAUGUAAUCCUAUUAAUUAUAAUGUAGUGUCAUCUUAUGAAAAGAAUAAGAAAAAAUAUAUCACUAUUGAUUUUACGCAUGAUGCAGAAGGUAAUGUAAAAGAACAUAUAAUAUGUGGUGAUAUUUUGAUAUUAAUAGGACAUAAAAAUAUAGAGAAAUUUCAUAAAGGAUUUUCAAGUUCCUAUUCAUUUCAUACGGGAUUUUUAAAAAAAGGAUCAUCAGAAGUUCUUCAUCUAAAAAAAGAAGAUAUGGAUAUAAAUAUUAAUUAUGAUAAUUAUAUUCCGGAUAAUAUGAAAAUAUCAAUUAUUCUAGAUGCAGCUACAAAAGAAGAUUGUUUAAGGUCAUAUAAAAAAAGUUUAAGAAGUAAUAACAAAAUGGAAGAGUUAGAAGCUUUGAAAAACUUCGAAAGAAGAAAAUCUUUUAUUUUAAAUGAUUCUGCUGAAAGUGUAAUGAAUAUGUUACGUGAUUUUCCUAGUGAAUUUUCUCCAUCAGAAAAAACCUAUGAUUAUUUUGACAAAAUCAAUUCGUUAGAAAAAAUGAUGAAAUGUGGAAAGAAGUCGGACGUAACAAAUGAAAAUUGUGCAUCUACCGAAAAUAAUGAUAGUUUAAAAGAGGUGGUAAAAAAGGAAAAAGAACAAGAACAAAAAAAAGAUUUUGAAAAAGAUAAAAAUGGUAAAAAUAAUAUAUAUGAUGAAAAUAAUAAAAAUAUUAUUUAUGAUGAAAAUAAUAAAAAUAUUAUUUAUGAUGAAAAUAAUAAAAAUAUUAUUUAUGAUGAAAAUAACAAAAAUAAUAUAUAUGAUGAAAAUAAUAAAAAUAAUAUAUAUGAUGAAAGGGAUAAACAUCAAAUAUGUGAUGAAAAGGAUAUUGUGGAAAAAAAUAACAAAAUAGAUAAUAAAACAAAUGUUUGUGAAUCCAUUGUUGAAAAACACUAUUGUGACCAUUCAGAUAUGGAAAAAAAUAAAGGACAAAAAAUUGAUAUACAAUAUAGUAUUGAGAAAAAUCAUUUUGAUAGUAUUCAAAAUGAUCCACUUGAUGAAAAGGAAGAAUUAAAGAAUACAUAUAAAAAAGGUCAUUCUUUUAAUAAAGUUAAAGAAUUAUAUGAACAAGAGAGUUUAGAUAUAUAUAAUAAAAAGAAUUUAGAUUUUAAUUCGAGAUCUCAUUAUAAUGCUUAUUCGGUUUUUAAUGAAAAGGAACCUACCCUAAAAUAUAAUGCAACUAAUAUAACACAAUUGUUAACAUCUCUAUUUGGUUUUAGAAAUAGAGAUGAUAAAUAUUCAUUAAAUAAAAAACAAAGCAUGUGUUCUUUAUUAACUUCUAAGAAAUCAUAUUCGAAUAUUAUUUCGCUUAAAGAUUAUUUACAAAGACAAUAUGAAAUAAUCAUUAAGCCUAGUGAAAAUAUAACAUCUUUUGUUAAAAGCCAUGUCAUAAAAAUAAAUGUACCAUUAUUAAAUUUUUUGAAAAAAAUAACAAAUCUUUCGAAUAUCAAAAUUCAAUUAUCUUUGAAACUAUGUAAUAAUGACCUUAAUAAAUCAUUAAAUUUUAUUGUGUGUACAUGGGGAAUUAAUAUAUUAAAAAAAAAAAGUUCUGCGAAAUAUUCCUCUAGUUGGAAUCAAAUACCAGAAUAUCGUAGAGAGUUCAAAAAAAUUUUAGGAUAUCAUAAUUUUAGUAGUAAAUCAUCUCUUGACACAUCUAAAUGUGUAAAUAAAUUAGAUAGUGUAAGUGAAAUGGAUAGUACUAAUUAUACGAAUAUUUCCUACUACAAAAUGUUGAAGGAUGUUAAAAGUUUGUAUGAUGAAGGUUCAAAAAAAAGAGUACAUACAGAUGAAUGUAUUUAUCGAAUUGAAGAAGAAGCAGAAGAAAAAAAAAAAAAAAACAAACAAGAAAUUAAUAAUAAUUAUAUUUUAUCUCUUUUAAGAAAAAAAGAGAAAAACGAUAUAGGGAAACGUAUAAUAGAUAGGAAAGAAAAAAUAAAAGAUGAAAAAGAAACUGAUUAUAGUCCUAAGGAUACAUCAUCUGAAGUUAGUACAAGUACAGAUAUGAUAAAAUUUACACAAUUGUAUACCAACAAAAAGGAAAACAAGGAAAAAGAAGAUAAUCACGUACAUCGUAAAAUAACCAAAUCUGAUAUUAUAACAAAUAAAAAAGAGAAACAUGACGUAAAUAAUAUAGAAGAGAUACAAAAGAAUGAUACAGAUAUAUUGAUAAAUAAUGAUGUGAAUAAAAAUAAGAAUGAUAUGUUGAAACGUGCUGAUAAUUAUAUUAUUAGUAAUAAUAAUAAUAAUAAUAAUAGUAAUAUUUCUUUAAAAAAAACAAUUGGAGAAAGUAGCUUUUUUUAUGCUAAAUUACCAAGUGGGGAACUUAUCAAAUUAAAAGUAAACGAUUCUGUGGAAUUAAGUACUCAUGAUAGCAUGCCAUUAUUGUUAGUUGAACCCGUAGAUGAUAUAACCGAUGAAAUGAAAAAAGGGAUAACCGAAUGGAACUCUCUUUCAAAAAUGAACUCUCAAACGUUUAGUAAAGAAAAUACAAUGAGUGAUAAUAAUAAUUUACAUAAAGAUUAUAUUAUUAACGAUUUAGAAGUAAUGUACAAUAAAUUGAAUAAAAAGGGUAGUAUUGAAUCCACAUUUAGUAUGGAAAGUGAAAGAACUGUAACUUCAAGAUUGUCCCCAUCUAUUCCUGGUGAAACAUUAACAUCUUUAGUAAAUGUGAAGGACCAAAAGGAAAUAAUCGUUGAAGAUAAAAAGGAAGUAAUAGAUGAAGAUAAAAAAAUAGAAAAAAUUGAGGGCAAAAAGGAAAUAAUAGAUGAAGAUAAAAAAAUAGAAAAAAUUGAGGAGAAAAAGGAAAUAAUAGAUGAAGAUAAAAAAAUAGAAAAAAUUGAGGGCAAAAAUGAAAUAAUAGAUGAAGAUAAAAAAAUAGAAAAAAUUGAGGACAAAAAGGAAUCAAAAGUUGAACAAAAAAUUGAUGAAAAACAAAAUAAUGUUACAAGUGAGGAGAACAAAGCUGCAAACGAUAAACAAAUUAAAGUCAAAGCUAUUGAAGCCUUACUUAAACAAUCAAAAGCAAAAAGACCCCCUCCACCAUUACCUGCUGCAUUAUUAAAAUCUGUCAAUGUUGCAAAGGAAAAACCUGAAAUGAAAGAAGAAGAAAUUGUAAAGACAGAAAAUAAUACGAAAUUAGCCUUUACAAAAAAAGGAGGGAAAAAAAUUCCAGCUCCUCCACCCUUUUUAUUAAAAAAAAUGGGAGAUAAAUCCAUGUGUGUUUUAAAAAAAUGUCCAGAAGCUUUUGGUUUGAAAAAAGCAGCUAAAGUUCCAGAAAAACGUCCCCUAGGAAUAAAAUUACAUUGGCAAUUAUUACCUACUCAUAAAAUUGAAGGUACUGUUUUUAAUGAAAUAAAAACUCAAGAAGUAAAGUAUAAUUUAAUUGAUACGAAAGCGGUACAUAAAUUAUUUGCAAGAGUAAAAGGGGAAAAGAAGAUUAUAAAAAAAAGUAUAGAUGAUAAACAGAAAAAACCAGAAGAAAAAUUAGUUACCGUAUUAGAUAGGACAAGGGCACAAAAUAUUGGUAUAUUAUUAAGAUUUCCAAUGAGUACUCAAGAAAUUGUUGAUAAAAUUAAUUCUUUUGAUCUGACGGAUUUGAAUGUAGACUUUUUACAAAAAGUAUUACAUAUUAUUCCAUCAAAAGAAGAAUGUGACGGUAUAUUACAAAAAUUAGAAAAUGAAAAAAUAAAAACAGAACAAUUCAGAGAUGUUGAAAGGAAAUUAAUACCAUUUGUAUAUCUAGAUAAAUGUCAAAGUAAAAUACAAAUAUGUUUAUUCUCUUUAAAAUAUGAUAAAAUGAUUAAUGAAAUAAAUAAAGAUUUAGAUAUAUAUGAUAAAGCUGUAAAAGAAGUUAGAUCCAGUAUACGAUUAAGAUCUUUAUUAAAAGCUGUUUUAAAAUGGGGAAAUUAUGUAAAUUAUGGUAUUAAUGAUAAUGAAGAUUUAGUUGCUUUAGGAUUUACUUUAUCAUCUGUUUUAAAAUUAAGUGAAUUUAAAUCUUCCAUUGAUAGUAAAAUAACAUCUUUACAUUAUAUUACCGUAACGUUAUGUAUGUAUCUUCCAAAUCUAAAUAUGAACUUAUUAGAAAAUGAUUUGUUAUCUGUUUUGACAGCAUCAAAAAUGUCUUCGGAAUCUAUAGAUAUUAUUUUUUCUUCUUUAGAAAAAGAAAUUACUUAUAUUAAGGGGCAAUUAAAAACCAACUAUGAAGAAAAAUUUAAGGAAAAAAUGAUGUCCUUAUUAGAAGAUAGUGAACAAAAAUAUAAUACAGCACAAAAACAAUAUGAACAAACUAAAAAAGAUGUUAAUGAAUUAGGUAUAUAUUUAGGUGAAGAUAUGCCAAAGAAUGGUAAUUUAGAAAAUAUUUUUAUCAUCUUAUCAUCAAUUGUAGAUAGCUUUACUAAAUGUUAUAAAGAUAUUUUAGCUAACCCAAAAAAAUUUUCAAUCAUGUUAAAUGAAGAAAGCUUGUUAGAUGAUUAUUAUAAUGUUUUCUGUAAAGGUAAAAAACGACCUAUCAUAAAAAUGAAUAGCAUUUCUACAAAUUCAGAUACCAAAGAAGACGAUACGAUCAAAAAUAAAAGUAUCCCAGAUAUUAAAAUAAAAAUUAAUAAAUCAAAAAGUGUCAGUGUAAAAAAAAAUGACCACGGUAAAAGUACCAUGUUUCAACUAAGAAAUCAAUUAAUGCAAGAUAUACAAAAUAGAUCCAUUUUAAAAAAAUCGUUGGUAUUUCCUAAUACAUCACAAAAUGAAUCUUCUUCUAUUCAACCUUCUCAGCAAAAUGGAUUGGAUAAUAGUAUAGCAAAAAAUGAAACUGAACAAAAUAUUAAAAAGGAGGAAGAAUUAAAAAGUGAUAAUGGCAUCAAAAUAAAGGAAGUCCAAACGUUAAAUGAGGAAAGUAAAAAUGUAAAUGUUAAUAACACAAUGAAUGAUGUGGUAACUGUGGAAAAUAUGUCUGAUGAGAAGCAAAAUAAAGAUAUCAAAGUGGAAGAUAUAAAUAAUACAUAA